AUGAUGAAGAGGGCCAGGCCGGCAGCCCAGCAGUGCCACCUUCCUCACGCUCCUCCCCUGCCCAGUCCUCGGAGGCUGCCCCGGACAGCCAGGGGGGCUAUUCCCUGAGACCCAGGGGCCCUGCGGAGGAGCGUUCAGCAGAGGAGGAGGAGGGAGACUCCCCUGGUGGCUCCACGGAGGAGAGCUCAGCAGAGGAGGAGGAGGAGGAGGAAGAAGCUGAGCCCUCUCCCCAGCGGCAGAGGAGGCGGGGUCCCCAGGGAGGGACAGCUCCACGUGUCUACCCGUGCCCCACCUGCGGCCAGAAGUUCGCCAACAGCAGCAACAUGCGGAAGCACCUGCGGAUCCACACGCGGGAGGCCCUGUACUCGUGCCACGCCUGUGGCAAGUCCUUCACCGACUCCUCCAACCUUACCAAGCACCAGCGCGUGCACAGCGGGGGCCGGGAACGCCCCUUCAGCUGCUCCAAGUGCCCCAAGGUCUUCGCCUCGGCCCCCGAUCUGCAGGAGCACCUGCGGCGCCACGAGGGCAUCCGGCCCUUCCCCUGCAUGGACUGCAAGCGCAGCUUUGUGUCGCAGGCAGAGCUGCUGGCGCACAUCCGCAACCACGUGGGGCAGCUCCAGGCCUCGGCCCCCAAGCCCUUGCUGCGCUGCGAGGACUGCGACAAGAGCUUCGCCAGCCCCAUGCUGCUGCGCCUGCACCAGCGCCGCCACAAGGCCUUUGUGUGCGACGAAUGCGGCGCCGUCUUCACCCUCGAGUUCAAGCUGCUCUUCCACAAGAGCCUGCACAAGGGGGCGCAGACCUGCACGCGCUGUGGGGUGCAGUACAUGGGAGGGCACUUCUGCCGGGCCCAGGCCCAGGCCCGUGCCUCCCGGCCGGGACACAACAAUGCCAGGACUCCAGGGACAGCGUCACUCGUGGUUAGAGUCCCUGACUCUGUGCCGGCAGCAGGCUCCACCCCGGCCAGGCCCCCAGCCCCAUUAGCAGACGGGCCCUCAGGCUCUGCCCCAGCUGGGCCCCCAGGCUCCGCCCCAGUCCCACUACCAGCCGGGCCCCCAGGCUCCACCCCAGCCGGGCCCGCAGCUCCGGCCCCACUAGUGCCUGGGGCCCCAGCCCGAGCAGCAGUGAGGCCCCACAGCUCAACCACAUCGAUGACCGCGGCCUCACUGGCCUCUGUCUCAGUCCCUUUGACCAUCCCUCCCUCAGACCCAGUCACGGGAGUGAUAAGUAACGGCCUGAUCCUACUGAACCCAGCAACCUUGCCCCCGGGCACCAAGAUCAUCCUUCAGAUCCCACCCCAGAUGGUUGUGCCCCCAAGGGACACGGGCACGGGAGCCGGGAGUACCAACGCGUGUACUCUGCAAGGACCAGUACCCAGGAGGAUGCCAGAGCUGCGCCCAGCCCCAGCCAAAGCUCAGCAGCCAGCAGGAGGGCAGCUCGGUGAUCUCACCAGCAGGAUGUCAGCAGAGAAGGGCAACGGGCCACACACUCCACCACUGCCAGCCCCCUCAGAGGAGCUCUGGGCUGAGCAGGGAGCGUGGCACAAACCCUAUAACUUCCGGCAGUCCCAGCCCCAAGGGAAAUAUACUGAGGAGGGAGCAGGGGAGGGCAGCGACCUCGGGGAAAGCUCUGGGGAGGACUGGGCAGGGGAGAGCGGAGCCGAAGAGGACGAGGAAUUGGAGCCUGUCCCACAGGGGAAGAGGGGAGGGCGGCCCCCCAAGAAGCAAGCACAAGGCCAGUCCCCGAAGAAGCAAGGGCGGCCCCCCAAGAAGCAAAGGCGAGGCCGGCCCCCCCUGGGCCCCUACAUCUGUGUGGUCUGUGCCAAGCGCUUUGUGUACCAGAGGUCGCUGAAGCAGCACAUGCGGCUGCGCAGGCACUAUCCCUCCUGCCACCAGUGCCACAGCACCUUCAGCGAUCUCCACAAGCUGCAGCUCCAUAUGCUCAGCCACCGGGGGGAGGGCAUGGCGUGA